AUGGAAUCAAAUGAACCAGUACAAAGCCGAAAAUUAUUUAUUGGUGGCUUAGACUACUCUGCAACAGAAUAUUCACUUGCACAAAUAUUUGAGCAAUGGGGUGAAAUUGUAGAUGUUGUUGUCAUCAAAGACCCCAUAACAAAGAGAUCUAGAGGAUUUGGGUUUGUUACAUAUUCUCAAUCUUCUAUGGUUGAUCGAGCCAUGUCCAACAGGCCUCAUAAUAUAAAUGGUCGCAACGUUGAAACCAAGCUAGCAGUAUCACGUGAGGAUAUUCAUAAACCAAAAAGCAAAGUUUCUGUAAAAAAAAUUUUCAUUUUUGGUAUAAAAGAACAAUCAGAAAAUAAUCUUUUUGAAUAUUUUAAAAAAUUUGGCAAUAUCAUUAAUAUAAAAAUUGUAACAGCUAAAGAUUCUGGUGAUAGAAAAGGAUAUGGAUUUAUUGAGUAUGAUAAUAUCAAUUCAGUUAACCAAGCUACUCUAAUCAAAAGUCAUCUAGUCGCUGGAGGAAAAUUGGAUGUGUCAAAAGCAUUUAGUCAAACUGAUAUUGCAGGUUAUCGCAUUGGUGGAUAUGGUGGUAAUGGUGGUAGUGGAGUUAAUAUAAGUAUCAGUAGACAAAAUUCGCGAGACAGACAAUGGCCAGGCUAUCAUAACAAUGUUUCUGGAGGUUAUGGAAAUAAUAGAACUAGAGGAGGAUAUGGCUCUGUCGGAGGUGGUGAUGGGUAUAUCGGUAGUGCAUGUUUGUACAAUUCAAAUCCUGGUAGAGCCUGGCCAGGUGUUCAUCAAAGAUUGGGUUACAAUAAUCCAGCACAUCGCAACCUAAUAGGUCGUGUUUGGAGAGGUUCACAACAACCUAGUAUCAACUUGGGUCCAUAUCAAAGUUAUGAGCUGCAACAUUUUUAUUAUGCCACUAACAAUCGUGCUACACCAUAUGGAAAUUCAGGAGCUAGUUAUGUAAGAUAUGGUUAUUCUGGCAAUGGCCAAUACCCUAGUCGACAGUUGCACUACAUGCCAUAA